AAGAUAACUCGUAUAUUUGCAGUCGUUUUGAAAGCGUUUCGAGUAUGGCAUCGGCACUGGAGUCUUAUGUCAACCGAACUGUUUCCAUAGUAACAGCUGAUGGAAGAAUAAUUGUGGGAACCUUGAAGGGUUUUGAUCAGACCAUAAACUUAAUUCUUGAUGAGAGCCAUGAAAGAGUUUACAGUACAUCACAGGGAGUGGAGCAAGUCAUACUGGGAUUAUACAUCAUCAGGGGAGAUAAUGUAGCUGUUAUAGGGGAAAUUGAUGAUGACACAGACAAUGGAUUAGACUUCAACAGCAUCAAGGCAGAACCACUUAAUGCUGUAACGCAUUAAUCACACAUCAUUUUAAAAAUCAUUUUCUUUCUUACCAUACAUCAGUCUUUGCAAUGGGAAGGAUUCUGAUUUCAUCAUCAGUUAAAUUCAUCAUCUUCAUCUUUAUUUUUUUUUAUUAUAAUCAGUGAUGAGCAUUUUCCAGUUUCAAAAAUUUUUUUACUGUAUACAAGGGACACUAGGGAGAAAUCCUUCUUUUGAAUGAGUUAGAUAUUUAGAUUUUAUAAAAUGGUAGUCUAGAAGCUGAGUACUUUUAUUUAUAUACAUGACAACAACAUUGAUAAUUUAUCUAUCACAAAUUGUUUGUGUAUUGUUUGUGUAUUUCAAAAUAUAAAUUUGACCCAUUUUCUGUUAAAACAAAAUGAAUUAGCUCAGAUCCAUGUUAGGACGUCAAGAUUUUUUAUAAUACAUGUAUGUAUGUUUGAUUGUACAUUUUAUAAAUUGUUUAAUAGUUGUAUCAGUUGUGUACAUUAUUAUAUGUAUAAGUGAAGAACAAGUGAGACCCAGGUGUUCGUUAGCACUGGGAUUGUAUUAAAAGUUGUAUGUUCUUUUAAUAUUCUAUGGAAAUAAAAUAAUUGACAUGUUUGAGACUAAGCAGUAGCUAGCUACAUGUCUGAUUUA